GGUUUGUGUAAUAUUAUAUUUGUAUUGUGAAAAAUGAAAGAGGUUGGAUGGACAAAACAAUAUAUAUAAUUUAAUGCAAUUUUUUAUUAUGUCUGAAGAAAGUUUACUGGGUAUUCACGAUUGUGAAAUAAUAAAAGAUCGCUUAUAUUUCAGUACUGUUCGAGGAAGGCCAAGGAGUACGCAAAAUGUGCACUACUUCAGCGUCGACGACGAAUUGGUAUAUGAGAAUUUUUAUGCCGACUUUGGUCCUCUUAACUUGGCGAUGCUAUAUCGUUAUUGUUGCAAGCUGAACAAGAAGUUGAAAUCCUUUUCGCUUGCUCGCAAAAAGAUCGUUCACUAUACAAGCUUUGAUAGUAGAAAAAGAGCAAAUGCAGCAUUUUUGAUUGGUGCUUAUCAGAUAAUUUACUUGAUGAAAAAACCUGAUGAAGCCUAUGAACCGUUAAGUAGCGGUAGCUCUCCACCUUACCUUCCUUUCAGGGAUGCAUCUUUUGGUGCUUGCUCGUUUAAUCUUACUAUCUUAGAUUGCCUAAAUGGCCUAUAUAAAGCCAUGCAAAAUCAGUUUUUUGAUUUUGAAACCUUUGAUGUUGAAGAAUAUGAGCAUUAUGAGAGAGUUGAAAAUGGUGACUUUAAUUGGAUUGUUCCAGGAAAGUUUUUGGCAUUUAGUGGUCCUCAUAACAAGAGCAGGCUGCUCAAUGGUUAUCCUCUUCACUCUCCUGAGUCAUACAUACCAUAUUUCCGCAAACACGGUAUUACGACCAUUGUUCGUCUCAAUAAAAAGAUGUAUGAAGCCAAGAGAUUUACUGAUGCUGGUUUUGACCAUUACGAUUUGUUCUUCAAUGAUGGAAGUGUGCCAACUGAUUCAAUUAUUCGACGAUUUCUUACUGUGGCUGAAUCAACUUGCGGAGGAAUUGCUGUACAUUGCAAAGCUGGUCUUGGUCGAACAGGAAGUUUAAUAGGCUGUUAUCUUAUGAAGCAUUAUCGUUUUACAGCUCCUGAAGCAAUUGCCUGGAUAAGAAUAUGUCGCCCUGGUUCUGUCAUUGGUCCACAACAAAACUUUCUAGAGGAGAAGCAGACGCGUCUUUGGAUACAAGGAGAUGUUUUUAAAACGAGGACAAAAGAUCAAAAUGGAAACUUGCUUAGUGCAGUUGGCACAAUUACAACAGGCGUAAACUCACUGAAAAUCGAAAGUUCUGUUAUAAAUACUUCGCCUAAUACAUUUAAGGAUGUAUCAGACUCUUUAUCUAAUUCCUCUACCAGCAAGACAAAGUAUUUAAAAUCGUCAAGUCGUGUGACUGGUAACACAUUCAAUAAACAUCGUCAUGAUGAUGAAGAUAGACUUACACAGGGAGAUGAAUUACGUAAACUUAAAACCAGUUGGUCUUUAAGACAUCCCCGUUGUGCUACGACUGGAGCCAUAAGGGUGGAAGAUUUACGUCACGUGCAUAGCAGAACAGCAUCGAGUCGUGGUCAGCGAUUAACAAGCUCUUCAUCAUUGCAAUCGGUUAUUUCGCCUCUAAAAACAUCAAAGGUUUCGGCUAUACCCCGCCGUACAACGAGAAGUGCAACGCGGGCACUGAAAAGUCGUGGUGGAAGCUCAGGGCCAACGGCACUGUCUUUAAAGCAAGGCAAUCGUGAUGUUACAAGAGAAAAGAGAAAAACUAGUCUGACAACAUAUGACAAAAAGUAGCAAGAUAAUUUUUUCAACUAUGAGAUACUAAUUAUUCCAAGAAUGAGUGUUAGUUGUGGUUUGGCAUCUUGAUGAAUGAAUUCUUGAUGAAAUAAGAAAGGAAAUUUGCAAUUUGCACAUGAAGGGCCAAGGAAAUUCAUGUAUUGUCCAGUUUAAUGCGGAAACGUUUCUGGUCGUUGAUCGAAUGAUGAAAACAUUACCAAAUGAUUUUACAGAAUAAGAAGCAAAUUGUUGAAAGCGUAUUUCAAGAAACUUUCAUCUCUUCAUUUGGAUUCAUGUGGAAGGAAAAGUGAAAAGGUUCAUGUGGCCUUUCGUCAAUGACUGGAGUUAAGAAAAACCAGAUAUUGACACAAAGAUGCAGAUGUACAUUUAGAUUACUGUUUUUAAGAAAUGUAAAUGAUAUAGAAGAUAAUAUUUUAUCAAGAAAACUAAAUUCAUUUUUAGAUAAUAUGUACAGUUUUUACAAGGUCAUAACGAGAGGAAUGAGCCAAUAUAGCAACUCUAGAGAUGUCUUAUCAAGUCAUGCUAUUUCUAUAAAAACCUUUAUGAUUAUACCAUAGUCUUGUUUAGGAUUAUAGGAUAACAUUUUUGUUGAAAUUCUUUAUUUGCCCAUUGCUGAGUGGAAACAAAAAGUUAAAUCACACUUUAUUGUUCUCAUGUACGAUACUUUCAAACUGUAAACAAAUCAGCGAAGAGUGUGUAUUGUUAGUCA